GCAACGAUAUGUCGUUUCUGAAAAAUAGAUGUACAAUUUCUAACUAAAUUGGGCCAAGCGAAACAAUUUUGACACCAGUUUUCUUGUAAAGUAGCAGUGAAGCUUAAUUCAGAGCAGCAAACUUCCCGUUUCACAUGCACGAAGGCAAGUCUUGCUGCUCUUAAUUUCGUUGAAAAAACUUUCGUUAUGCCUGCACUAGUAUCAACAAGGUUGCUUCUCCUUUUCGGACAACCAUCACCAUUGUUAAAGCUGUCGCGUGUAUCAAGCACUCGUUGGUGCCAUCGAAAUGUGCGUUUUUACAGUCGGAUUGGACAAGAUCAUGCCCCUCUUACUCUUGAAAGUCUAGGAUUCAAGAGCGAAUUUGAAAGUAUAGACAUGAUUAAUACAAGAAAUACGGAUGACAAGGUUAAGCUGAGCUCUUCUAUUGAUGUCCCGAAAAAUAAACCGAAGACGGUUACUAGCAAGGGAACUAAAGAUGUUUCUGCUAAAAGUUCUUUUGAAGUUGAUUCGGCUCUGUUUUCGGCGAAAUCAUUUUCCGAGCUUGGCCUACCGCCUUUGUUACUCGAAAGGGUUGAGAGUGAAGGGUUUAAAGUUCCUACUGAAGUUCAGUCUGCAGCUAUCCCUACUAUUCUAAAGAAUCAUGAUGUUGUCAUACAGUCCUAUACAGGAUCAGGUAAAACAUUGGCUUAUCUCCUUCCUAUACUGUCUGAAGUUGGACCGCUGGUGAGUAAAUCCUCUAAGGGUAGGGAUAAAGCAGGACAGAAAUCGGAUAUUGAAGCAGUUAUUAUUGCUCCAUCUAGGGAACUAGGUAUGCAAAUUGUGCGAGAAGUUGAAAAGCUGCUGGGACCGGAAAAUAAGAAAGCGGUUCAGCAACUUGUGGGGGGUGCAAACCGGUCAAGACAAGAAGAAGCUCUUAGGAAAAAUAAGCCAGCAAUUGUUGUUGGUACUCCUGGCAGAAUUUCCGAGAUCAGUGCCUCUGGGAAACUUCACACGCACAAUUGUCGCUAUUUGGUUUUAGAUGAAGUUGAUGAGCUACUUUCGUUCAACUUCAGGGAGGACAUGCAUCGAAUUUUGGACCAUGUUGGGAGGAAAUCAAGUGCAGAACCCCAUGGAUCAAAAGUUCAGUCCGAAAAGCGAACUGCACGUCAGACUAUCUUGGUCUCUGCCACAGUGCCAUUUUCAGUGGUAAGGGCUGCUAGGAGCUGGGGGCAUGAUCCACUUCUUGUUCAGGCUAAAAAAGUUCUUCCACUUGAAUCUAUACUUGCCUCUGGACCUGCUAGUCCGUCAGGACCUACAACCAGUUCUACUUCAAGCGAGAACCCACAGCCUCAGGCAGCAGUACAGAGCCUUCCUCCAGCUUUGAAACAUUACUAUUGUGUAUCAAGGAUGCAACAUAAGGUUGAUACUUUGAGAAGAUGUGUUAACGCUCUUAAUUCCAAGUCUGUAAUAGCUUUUAUGAACCAGACUAGGCAACUAAGGGACACUGUCUUCAAGCUAGAGGCUCGUGGAAUGAACGCUGCAGAACUCCAUGGGGAUCUUGGCAAGCUUGGUAGAUCUACCAUUCUAAAGAAAUUUAAAAGUGGGGAGUUGAGAAUUUUAGUGACAAAUGAACUUUCAGCAAGGGGUCUGGAUGUUCCAGAAUGUGAUCUUGUUGUCAAUCUAGACUUGCCUACAGAUGCAAUUCAUUACGCUCAUCGAGCUGGCAGGACAGGUCGACUUGGGCGGAAGGGUACUGUGGUAACCAUUUGCGAGGAACGAGAAGUGUUUGUUGUGAGAAAGAUGCAGAAGCAGCUAGAUAUUACCAUUCCCAUUUGUGAGUUUACAGAGGGGAAGCUUGUCACCGAAGAAGAGAAGCAGAAACCGGUAGAGUUAUAAAAGUGAUAAACCGCCCUGUUGCUCGGUAAAAUGGAUGGUUUAACUGAAUCAUUUGUAAAAUUUGUUAUCUUUCUAUUACCUUAUUUCAUUAUCAUGUUCUUUAAUUCCAAAAGUUCUUUUUUUUCCUUUUCA